AUGUACGAAUUGAAUGAUGUUCCGGGAAAAGGAAAGGGUCUAGUUGCUGCAGAGAGGAUAGUCAAGGGCACACGUCUAUUAUCAGAGGCUCCAGUCUUCCGGGUACCUCGAGACAAUUCCAACAUUAAAACCCUCGAAGCUAUCGUUGAGACUGAAUUAAAACGUCUCACAGUUGGCCAGAAAACCGCUUUCUUUGACCUCACAAACAUCUACGGUGACGCUCAUAGCAACUCUCUCGGUAUUGCUCGAACCAACGCUCUGCCUCUGGAAGGCUCAAAUAAAGCAUCUAGUGGCUUGUUCCUCGAGGCGUCCCGAAUCAACCACUCCUGCAGACACAAUGCUCAGAAUACGUGGAAUGAGAAUAUAGGCGAGCUGACCAUCCACGCGCUCCGAGACAUCGAUGCAGGACAAGAGAUAACCAUUUCAUACCUUGCUGGUACAUCUGAUUUCGCAGAGCGGCAGCUCCGCCUAAAAGAAACGUUCAAGUUCACUUGCAAAUGCGAGCUUUGUUCGCUACCGCUUGCUAAGCGUCAACUGAGCGAUGACCGGCUCACGAAGAUCCAGGGCAUUGACAAGUUCAUUGGGAGCUUCUUUUGGAAUGGUGGAAACCCAGUGGCGGCGCUGAAUAUCUUGCGCAUUAUGUUCGAUCUCUUUGAGGAGGAAGGUAUAUGGGAUGGUAGAAUUGCUCGAGCUUACAAGGACGCAUUCGAGAUUGCGAUGGGAAAAAAUGAUUCGCCUAGAGCGCGGGUUUUCGCGACCAGGGCGUACGAAGCACGGUGUUUGAUUGAAGGGGAGGACAGCCCUACAACAAUAAAGAUGAAGCUCCUCACCCUUUUCUCAUUCGACAGUCCAGGAUAA